AUGUCCGGCAAGCUGCUGACGGCGGUUGUCUGGGGAUUGAUUGUGAUGCAGUUCGUACUACGCUGUCCCUCGGUCGUCGCCUUCAAUGGGACCCAUGAUAAGCUUGAGAUUGCUGCAACGACCACACCGGCCACCGUCUGGAAGAGACCACCGAUCGAGUACGACAGGGAUCUGGUGAUUGAACUCAUCGAAGCGGCAGAUUAUCCGAUCGAAAAGCACGUACUCACGACGUCGGACGGUUACAUCCUGAAGCUUCACCGCAUCCCCGAUCCGCUGCAGUUCCGCAGUGCGGAACAGGGCGCCGACACCAACGAUACGGACGACCCGGACGAACAGUUGCGCUUUGGCCCGAACAAAACAUUCCGGGGGACGGUUUUGCUCGUGCCGGGACUAUUCUCGACGGCGGCCGAUUUUGUUGUCACCGGGCCGGAAAAUGCGUUAGCCUUUGUAUUGGCCGACGCCGGCUAUGACGUGUGGCUUGCCAAUGUGCGUGGAUCGCGGUUUUCGAGGAAAAACACCAAGCUGAGCGUGGCGGAUAGCGAGUUCUGGGAUUUCAGCUUUCACGAAAUCGGUACAAUCGAUCUACCGGCCAUCAUCGACUACAUCGUGCGGGAAACGAACGCACAGAAGCUGUUCUACGUUGGCCACAACCAGGGCAUGACGGAUCUGUUCGUUCUGCUGUCCAGCAAACCGCGCUACAACCGCAAGAUCCAUCACGCCAUUGGCCUAGCUUCGAUUGCAUACCUCGGCACAACGGAAAACCGUGUCGUACGACGUGCCGCCGAACUGACCGACAAACUGUACGCCACCUUGCGUGCGCUCAACAUCCACGAGCUGAGGCCCUCGCCGGACAUUGUCCGACUGCUGAGCGGUACCGUGUGUGCGAGCGACAUGAGCGAACUGUGCAGGGAAAUGUUGCGUGGCUUUUUCAGCACAACCGCCGAUCGAUCGCGCAAUCUACUGCCCAGCAUUGUGGAUGAUCUGCUGACGAGCGUAUCCACCCGGCAGCUCAUCCAUUUCGGGCAGCUUAUGCAAACGAAGAAAUUUCAACAGUUUGAUUACCGUAACUACAUGCUCAACACGCAAAAGUAUGGCCAGGCCAAACCACCGGAAUACAACCUAACGCGGGUGCGUCUCGCAGUGUCGCUGUAUCAUGGAACGAAUGAUUUUAUCACGUCGACAAAGGAUGCACUGCGGCUGAAGGACGAAUUGAGAAACGUGAAACACUUCCUCGAAGUUCCCGAUUUGAACCACAUCGGGUUUGUGUAUUCGGACCGGCUGUACGGGCGGGUGAACGGGAAGAUAAUCGACAUCUUUAACCAACACCCAACACAAGCUUAA